AGAGAGAGAGAGAGAGAGAGAGAGAGAGAGAGAGAGAGAGAGAGAGAGAGAGAGAGACGGUAUGCUCAGUUUGAAAAGAAAUUUAAUAUUAUUGUUUUUGUUUUUCUUCGCGGCGCCUUGGGUUGGAUGCCAGGACCAAACCCCAUCACCACCACCACCACCACCAGACACCUCCCUCUCCACCUCACACAACCCUUACGAGCUGGAGGAAGCUUUGGAUGCUGGCAAUGGCUCCUGCAGGAUGGGUUUUUGGGAGAGGACUUAUUACCCUACAGAGGCGGGUUACUAUAGGCUCCAGACCUGCUUCCGGUGCUAUUUCUUCAUCCCUCCGCAUAGAAGAAGGGCGAGCCUCAACAUCACGACGGAGAGAGUGGUUCUGAGUGACGGAGGGACGCUGGUACAGGCUGGCUUUACCGUUGAUAACGCCACUUACCACUUUGAUACCACGGACGAGGAGGCGUGGGCGCUCGUGAGUGCCUCGCUGGACCAGGUGGAGGCGAAGAAGCUGACCCAGUGCUGCCGUGAUGCUGUCCAGUGCUGUGCGGAGGCGCUGAACAGGCCUGAAGCUGACGAAGGGUUCUGCCCGGGGACGUGGGAUGGCUGGGUGUGCUUUCCCCCGACAGCCCCGGAGACCUUCAUGGCCUUCCCUUGCCCUGCCUACGCCUACAAGGGAAUGCCCGAGUGUGUCUUGGAGGGGCGGAAACACUGCCUGGUGGACGGCACAUGGAAGGUGGAUGCGCGGGGGGUGGAGGUGACGGACUACUCCACCUGUAGCCACCGACGCCACCACCUGAUAGCCUAUUCCUGGGACGCCGCUACGCACGCCCUCUCCCUCCUCGCCCUACCCUUCGCCCUGAUCCUCAUCCUCUGCUACAGACAGCUUCGAGUUCUCCAGAGGUUCAUUCUUCACGCCAACCUGUUCGCGGCGCUCCUGGGCAAGGCGUUCUUCAACCUGCUGGAGGUGGCAACACUGCAGAUGCCAGAGUACUUCCAG